UAGAAAUAGUGAAGCCAUUUCCUUUACUUUCUAAUGCUCGUUUGAGUUACCAAUAAUUUUGCUGAAAUGUAUCGAAAUAGAUUGCUAGCAACAAAAAUAGUGUUAUGGCAAAAAACAUCUAUACAACAGCUAUACUUGAUAAACAACAAAAAUACUCUUGUCAACAACGUUAAACGACAUCAUUACUCCUCUUUGCGCAGCAUCCGUUCCCCAGGUCCCCGAAGUCGAGUGUUGAGUCAUGUAGAGGGACGUCAAAAACCAAUAAUACGUUCGACUGUCGAAGCAACAGUUCCUAAAGCAGCAGCAGCAGCAGCAGCAGCUACUACUAAUUCUGUUCCUAAAAGCCAAUAUAGUGAUGAACACAAACUCGUUUUUGAUAAACCUACUCCCUCCGCCACCAUUGAUACCUUGGUGGAAGUUCCAGUCUCACCCAAUCAAGUCAUCAAACCAGACUACAAAGGGGCAUCUCUUCUCACUCAGCCAGCCAUCGUUGUUGGCCGUGAGCUAGAAAUGCUAAAUGUUUUUCUCGGCUACGAACAAGCCAACAGAUAUAAAAUUAUGGAUCCCGAGGGAAACUUGAUCGGUUACAUCGCUGAAGAAGAAGGUUUAGCCAAGUCUGUGGGGCGGCAGCUACUAAGAACCCAUCGUAAAAUGAAUGCCACUAUUUUGAAUCCUCAAGGAGAAGUGAUUUAUAAGAUUACAAGGCCUUAUUCACUCAUUAAUAGUCGUAUAUUUAUUUAUACGGCGAAUGAUGAGUUGGUAGGCGAAGUUCAACAGCGAUGGCAUUUGUUAAGGAGAAAAUAUGACCUGUUUGUAGGAAAAAAUCAGUUUGCUAUGAUUGAUGCACCCUUCUUAGGGUGGGACUUUAAUCUGCAAGAUGAAGAUGGAAAAACAUUGGGAAAUGUUAGUCGAAACUUUGUAGGAUUCGCUAGAGAGAUUUUCACCGAUUCUGGUCAAUAUGUGCUAAGAAUGGAUGCUGCCGAUAGUGGUGCUAGGGGCAUGACUUUAGAUGAAAGAGCCGUGACGCUAGCUUGCGCUAUAUCUAUUGAUUUUGAUUAUUUCUCUAGGCACUCAACACAUGGGUAAGUUUUUGAAAGCUGUCCUUUCUUUCUUGACUCGUUGAUG